AAUGUCUUCUAAAGGAGAGUGCCAUGUUUUGCGUCCAGUGGCAAAUUUCUCUAAAAAUAUAUGGAGAGAUCAAUUCCCUUCCCUUCCCUCAAGUGACUCGGUAUUUGAUUCAUUAACGAAAGAAAUAAUUCCGUUGAUAGAGAAAGUGAAGGAGAUGUUGAAAGCUUCUACAGCUGAUCCAAUGGAGAACGUUAAAUUCAUAGACACACUACUCCGCCUUGGUGUGUCAUAUCACUUUGAGAAUGACAUUGAGAUGCAAUUGGAAAGGAUUUUCAAUUCCCAAGAAAAUCUUUUCCACAAAAAUGACUAUGACUUGAACUCGACUUCAAUUGCCUUUCGAGUUUCCCGACUGCAUGGUUUCAAAAUGUCUUGUGGUGUGUUUGAAAAGUUCAAGGACGGCAGUGUUGGUAAGUUCAAAGAAUCCCUAGUCGAUGACAUUAGGGGAAUGCUAAGCCUGUAUGAAGCUGCCUAUCUAAGAGUUCAUGGAGAGCUUAUAUUAGAGGAGGCCAUUGCAUUCACCAAGGCCAAAUUGAAGCCUUUGGCAGCGAAGUCAAGCCCUCAUCUUGCAAAGCAAAUAAUGAAUGCCCUAGACAACCCAUUAAACAAACGCCCUCCAAGACUAGAGGCAAGGAACUAUAUCUCUUUCUAUGAGGAGGAAGAGUCCAGAAACGAAACCCUACUUACGUUUGCAAAACUAGACUUUAAUCGAGUACAAGUCCUUCACCGACAAGAAAUAAGCCAAAUUGCAAGGUUUUGGGAGGACUACGACUUUUCAUCUGAGCUAUCAUAUGCAAGAGAGAGAUAUGUGGAGGUGUACACAUGGAUAAAUUCAUUGUAUUUUGAACCUCGCUAUACACGUUGGCGGAUAAUUGUUACUAAGAUGCUGGUUCUUAUAUCAAUUCUAGAUGACACAUUCGAUGCUUAUGGGACUCCUCAAGAACUUCAACGUUUCAUGGAUGCAUUAAAGAGAUGGGAGAUUUCUGCUCUUGAUGAGUUGCAAGAUUACACCAAAGUUAUUUGCAAGGCUGUGCUAGACGUUUUUGAUGAAAUAGAAGACGAGGCUAGAAAGGAAGGAAGAUCCUACACUGUCCCUUACGCAAAAGAUGCUUUCAUAGGACUAAUCAACAACUAUCAAGCAGAGGUCAAAUGGUGCCAUGAUGGUUAUGUACCAACAUUCGAGGAGUAUAUGAGGGUUGCAAUGAAGACAUCCACUUAUGAUCCAAUAAUAACAACAUUAUUUAUAGGAAUGGGGACAAUCGCAGGUUUAGAGGCAUUUGAGUGGCUGCAAACAGAACCCAGAAUUAUGACAGCUGCAAAUAUGAUCGGUCGUAUCAUGGAUGACAGAGCGUCACAUAAGUUCGAGCAAUUGAGAGAGCAUUGUCCUUCUAGUGUUGAAUGCUACAUGAAGCAACACAACCUCUCAGAGAAAGAUGCGCUCCAUGACUUAAAGAAAAAGCUUGAAGAUGCAUGGAAGGAUAUUAAUGAAGAAUGCAUGAGACCAACUGCAAUCCCCAGAGAUCUCCUAUUACGAAUUUUAAACUUUGCUCGAAUAACAUAUUUGUUUUACAAGCAUGGAGAUGGGUACACAGAUCCUGAUCCAUAUGUGAAAGAUGACAUCCGUGCCUUGUUCGUUGAUCCAGUACGCAUGUAAAGACAAUCCUCUCUGUCUCUCUUCGUGCUUGGAUAUGUUUAACGAACGGUGUUUCUAGCGCUUGUUUCCAAUGCUUUGUAUUAUAUGUUUGGCCAAAAAAAAUAUAUAAAACGCUUGUGUAAAAUUUAAAA